CCUGUAACACCGCGAUCAGUCCAUGCGCAGUUCAGACUUUCAGUUUAGCUAUAGCUCGCGAAGCCGCCAUGGGCUCGCACGGCGACGACGGCGGCGGCGGCGGAGCUCACGUGCUCCUCCUGCCGUACCCAAGCCAGGGCCACGUCCACCCGAUGCUCCAGUUCGCCAAGCGCCUCGCGUUCCACGGCAUGCGCCCCACGCUCGCUGUCACCCGCUACAUCCUCGCCACCUGCGCGUCGCCCGACGCCGCCGCGGCGGGCGCCGUCCGCUUCGCCACCAUCUCCGACGGCUGCGACGCGGGCGGCUUCGGCGAGUGCUGCGACGACGACGGCGGCGGCGGCGUCACGGCCUACCUGUCCCGCCUCGAGUCCGCGGGGGCGGCGACGCUGGACAAGCUCCUCCGGGACGAGGCCUCAGACUCCGGUGGACGACGCCCCGUGCGCGUCCUCGUCUACGACGCGUUCCUCCCGUGGGGGCGCCCCGUGGCGGCGCGCCACGGCGCCGCGGCGGUGGCGUUCUUCACGCAGCCGUGCGCCGUCAACGUGGUGUACGGCCACGUCUGGUGCGGCCGGCUGCGCGUCCCCGUGGAGGCCGGCGACGGCGAGGAUGGCGGCGGCGGCGCCGUCGCGCUGCCCGGCUUGCCGGCGCUGUCGCCGGAGGGGUUGCCGUGGUUCAUCAAGGUCGGCCCCGGCCCGUACCCGGCGUACUUCGACCUGGUGAUGAAGCAGUUCGACGGGCUGGAGCUCGCCGACGACGUGCUCGUCAAUUCCUUCUACGAGCUCGAACCCGAGGAGGCGGCGUACAUGGCGUCGGCGUGGCGCGCCAAGACGAUCGGGCCGACGGUGCCGGCCGCCUACCUCGGCGACGGCCGCAUGCCGGGCGACACCAAGUACGGCUUCCACCUGUUCGAGCUCACCACGGCGCCGUGCGUGGCGUGGCUGGGCGCGCACCCGCCGCGCUCCGUCGUGUUCGCCUCCUUCGGCAGCCUCUCCGACCUCGACCCGGCCGAGAUGCGCGAGGUCGCGCUCGCCCUCCUCGACGCCGGCGCCCCGUUCCUCUGGGUGGUCCGCUCGUCGGAGUCCCACAAGCUCCCCGCCGGCUACGCCGCCGCCGCCGCCGCCGCCAACGGGAUGGUGGUGUCGUGGUGCCCGCAGCUGGAGGUGCUGGCCCACCCCGCCGUGGGCUGCUUCCUGACGCACUGCGGGUGGAACUCGACGGCGGAGGCGCUGGUCGCCGGCGUGCCGAUGGUGGCGCUGCCGCAGUGGACGGACCAGCCGAUGAACGCCGAGUACGUGGAGGCCGUGUGGGGGGCCGGCGUGCGCGUGCGGCCGGCCGCCGCCGCCGGGCUCGCGGCGAGGGCGGAGGUGGCGCGCGGGAUCGAGGAGGUGAUGCGCGGCGAGAGGAGCGGCGAGUACCGGAGGAACGCCGCAGCGUGGAUGGAGAAGGCCAGGGCGGCGAGCCGGGAGGGCGGGAGCUCGGACCGGAACAUCGCCGAGUUCGUGGCCAUGUACGGAUGAUAUGAUUUUGUUGUUGCGCACGUGUGCGUGUGUAUGUUCGCACGUGCGAGAACCAUUAAUGAUAGGUAUCACAUGGAAUCAUAUGGAUGGAUUAAAUAAGGGAUUUAUUAUUACUGGAGUAAUAAUAAGUAAAUAAAUAUGGCAUGAUUUUGUAUUUUGGUUGAAUAGUUUGUGGGUAUAAUUCGAUCAGUUUGUGGAUGCUA